CCAAAUUCAAAAAUUGUCACACCAAUGCCACUGAGCUCUGCCAUUUAUUAAAAUUUCCUCCCAAAAAAUAAAUUCAAAAAUUUUAAUAUAAAAAUCCAUAAAAGAACCCGACCCGGUGACCCGGAAUGGCGGCGUAUAGAGCAGAUGAUGACUACGAUUACUUAUUCAAGGUGGUGUUGAUCGGAGAUUCAGGUGUUGGGAAAUCGAAUUUGUUGUCGAGAUUUACGAGGAACGAGUUUAGCCUUGAAUCCAAAUCCACAAUCGGAGUUGAAUUCGCCACCCGAAGUAUUCGGGUCGAUGAUAAGGUCGUUAAGGCACAGAUUUGGGACACCGCCGGACAAGAAAGAUACCGAGCGAUUACAAGUGCAUACUACCGUGGAGCUGUUGGUGCGUUGCUUGUCUAUGAUGUCACUCGACAUGUCACAUUUGAGAAUGUUGAAAGAUGGUUGAAGGAAUUACGAGGUCACACAGAUUCGAAUAUCGUGAUUAUGCUUGUUGGUAACAAGGCGGACCUGCGACACUUGCGUGCUGUUUCCACCGAUGAUGCUAAGGCCUUUGCCGAGAGAGAAAAUACCUUCUUUAUGGAGACAUCUGCCCUUGAGUCUAUGAAUGUUGAGAAUGCAUUCACUGAAGUACUAACUCAAAUACAUCAUGUUGUCAGUCGAAAAGCACUUGAAGUAGGAGAUGAUCCUGCAGCAUUACCAAAGGGACGAACCAUCAAUGUAGGAAGCAAGGAUGAUGUUUCAGCCGUCAAGAACGCUGGCUGCUGUUCUGCUUAAAUGUUAGAUGAUAUAUCCUCCAUUUUUCGUAUCUUUAAGCACAAGAUUUGAGAUUGAAGUCAAAGGAGAAAGUAGCAGCUUCCAAAUUUCCUUCAUUUGAUUUCGGUUCCUUACUCGUGGUUCUUUUAUGGUAUUGGUCUCCCUAGUGUAAUGUUCCAUUUCAUAGUUUUGAUAGUUUUUGUUGUAUUUGAUUGCUUUAGAAUACAUAGCAGACAGAUCUAGUUUGGGUUUCUAAAUAAUUUUCAUUAGUUGUGGAUGAUAAAUUUUGAAUUAUUUAAGACAAUACAUCUUAAAUUCCUCCA